AUGUCUGCAGCUUCGAGCCCCUUCGACCACCCCAAAGCCGACCUUUACAUACUAUCAGCAGAUGGCGUGUACUUUCGCGUCUUCAAGCUCUUCCUUUCCCUUGCCUCGCCCAUCUUCGAAUCUAUGUUUGAACUACCUCAACCAGCCGCGGAAGAGAACACCGCAAACAACUUCAAAGACGGCCUGCCGGUCGUAGCCGUCUCAGAGUCUAGUAAGACUCUAGACUCUUUCCUCCGAUUCUGCUACCCUUCAACACUCACUGAAGACCCCGACGUGACCAAGCUGGGCGACGUUGUCAACGUCCUCGAAGCUUCCCGCAAAUAUGAGGUCUCCGUCAUCGAAAAACGUCUAGGGCGAGUGCUCGCAACGCCCGAGGUUCUAGCACAGGACCCCUACAAAUGCUUUGCUAUCGCCUGUCGUUCUGGAAUGAAGAAAGAAGCGGAGCUCGCUUCGAAGUACACGCUACGCCUACCCCUCAUUCCACCCAUGUUUCCCGAGAUCGACAUGAUAUCUUCUAAGCAGCUCCUCGUUCUCCUCACGUAUCAUUCAAGGUGCACCGCGGCUGUUGCAAAUCUGGCCAAAGACUAUAAUCCAUGGAUGAUUAAACACUUUGCGGCGAGUGGGCUCUCGUGGCUAACCACCAGAUCCGGUCAUACCCACCAAAGCUAUGGCUCGAACUGCCAACGCAGGCAGAAUUAUCAAUUUGGUGGUACAGAGGGAGUUCUGCUGUGGUGGGCUGAUUAUAUGGACGAGAUACUACCCCUCGUGCAAGAUAGGCCUUCUCCAAGCACCGUCAAAAAUCAUGACGUCCAGAAGUUCAUUAACACAGCUCAGAAGUCGGGAUGCGAGCUCUGCUCGAAGAUCGUCCGGGAGCGUCUGACAGAGUGCAUCAACCUCCUUGCUGAAGAGGUUGAAAAGGCAACCUCCAUAAUAAAAAUCGAGAUGAAACGGUUUUGAACUGUUACCAACCAAUUGGUUCUAUUGGACGAAUGCGAGAAAGUUACGAUCAUUAAAGGUCUCAUUGGACAAUCAUGCUAUUCUACCUGUCGUCGCUUCAGCGCUAAUGGCAUACUCUCCUCGGCAUCAGAGAGUCUGGCCUCAUCCAUAUUAGUAGUUCGCCCCACUCAUCCACAUCGUCCCACCAAUCGUCC